AUUCAAGUUUUGGUUUUCAAGUUGUUUACUAUGCGAUGCAAUUAUCUCUUAAUGGGACUAUUUUCUCUCUUGGCUGGGAAAUUUUUUUAAAAAAAUAGUACUUUUGGUACGUAGCUAUUUCAAGCAAUAAAUAGUUAAGAAAGAAUUGAAUCUAAAGGUGAAGUCGUGACCUAACAAUUAAACGUGUGGUAUGUAGGGCAUUUAGUGGCCUAGGGCAGUAGGUUCCGUUAUGUGAUGUUCCAUUGUAGAUCUGUGACCAAGCGGGUUACAGGAAGUCAUUCACCUUGACAUUUCAUUUAUGUGUUUUUCAUGAGAUGGUAGAAUUCAGUCUGAUACUGUUGAGAAUUUUUUUAAUCUGGUAGUCGCAUAGUAAUAUUAUUUUAUUUAUAGGUAUGUUGUCCCGGAAAUUAAUUUUUCAUAUAGUCCCGUCACUGAAAAAGGUUCAGUGUGCUUCAUUUGAUGAACAGUUAUUAUGUUUUUGGCAGAGAAUAUCAACUAAAGUUUCUGUUGAACCAUAUGAAAAGUGGUCAGCUGCGGCAAAAACUCAUGAUUGGAACAGAGCUAUCUCGGAUGCCGAGAAAAUAGUUGGUUAUCCUACUACUUAUUUUAGUUUAAAGUGCCUUCUAAGUGAAGAGUUUACUAAUGUUGCCAUGCAUUUGCGAAAACUAAUUGGAACAAAUCAUCCUAUCCUUAAAACUGCUAAGAGACUUGUAUAUCAUGGGCGUAUAAAUAUGCAAACACGAGGAUUGGUUGUUUUGUUACUUUCUAAAGCAGCCGGACAUACAGCUACAUGUUCUGAUAUAAGUUCUGCAGGCACAUCUGGCGUAACAUCUAGACAACAAACAUUAGCUGAGAUUACUGAAAUGAUUCACACAGCUCAUCUUAUACACAAGGGAAUUUUAAAUCUGUCAUCCAGCAGGAUUCCUGAUGAAAGUACUCUGCAAGAUCUGCAAUUUGGGAAUAAAAUUUCUAUACUGAGUGGAGAUUAUCUUUUGGCGAAUGCUUGCAAGGGUUUAGCUAAUCUGAGAAAUUGUAAGGUGGUUGAUUUAAUAUCAAAAGCUAUUGCUGAUUUUAUGCAAGCUGAAUUCUUGGGAGAGCAUGAUAAACAAGGAAACCCACUUCCCAUUAAAGAUAUGGAUAUUUCUACGUGGGAAGAAAAGAAUUUUCUUUCUGCUGGUAGCUUGAUAGCUAACAGUUGUAAAUCUACUCUUGAACUUGCUGGGCAUGAUGAAGCAAUGCAAGCUAAAGGAUUUGAAUUUGGAAAAAAUGUUGCUCUAGCAUGGCAGGUUUACUCAGAUUUGCAACCCUUUGUUGAUAAUCUUGGCUGCCCUCCUGGCAGCAAAUUUGAUUUAGUUUCUCUUCCUGUUAUAUUUUACUUAGAGAAAAAUCCAGAUAUGGUGGAUAAAAUCAGAGAAGAAGCAGGUGAUGAUGUAUCUGGUUUUGAUUUUGAAGCUUUAUAUCGUUCAAUAAUGGCAGAUGAUAGUGUCGAAAAAACAAAGAAACUUCUUGCACAGUAUUCACAACAGGCAGAAGAUAUUUUGCCCGCAUUUGGAUCUUCAGCAGCAGCAAAAGCCUUAUCUAACAUUAUUAAUUCUCUGAAACAUUAGAUGUUGUAUGUUUCUAAUAAUUGUAAACUUUGUACAUAUUUUCAAUAUUUUUUGUAGAAAAUAAAUGGAAUAUUUUGGGAAAUAAA